AUGGCCUCUGAGCCGAGCCCAGCAAACUCAAGUUCCGACGAUACCGGUAUAAGCGACGGCUCGAUGACAGCGGAGGCUGAGCCUACCGCUAUGGAGGUCGAGCCUAUCACUAUGGAGGUCGAACCUACCGCCACGGAGGUUGGAAGGGGAGCCAAGAAGAUCGUUGCAACCGGGCGGACGCUCCCUGCAGAGAAUCCUCACCCCGACAAAGUCAAGUGGUUGAUGCUGAACCUGAACAAGAAAAGGGAUGUCGGCGUGGAGCUUGUACAGCAGCUCGAGGGUCUGGGCCAGAAAACUUUCGACGUGGUGAUCAUCUUGGCGGGCAUUUUUCAGCCAGAAGACUUUUCCGCCAAGGUGUCCAAGGCCCCCAACGAGAUCUCCAAGGCCCCCAAAGAGGAUAGAGAGGUCCUCAUGUACAAGGGAAAUUUUGGACACCACGGGAGCAAGGCGGGGCUCAACAUGGUCGGCAGGUUUCUCGCCCUGGAGCUGAAGGACAAGGGCGUUAUCGUGUCGAUUGUGCACCCGAGCUUCAUGCGGACCUAA